AUGGUGAAAAUACUGGCUAAUGGAGACAUUGUUGCUGAUGAUGAUCCCAGAGCAAGUCAGGCUCAUUCGAGGCAAACAGGAGAUGCACAUUCAGGACAGAGGAGAGUGCAGUCAACUAGAAACAUUCAGCAAGACAAUGGGAAUGGGCCACAAGUAAACAUUUUCCAGUCUUUGAACCAACGCCUGGUAGCACUUGGAAUUCCACCUUUUACCUUUGGCGACAUUGUUGUAGAGCCCAUCGUUUCAGUGGGUUUGUUAAUUGCCCUGCUUGUAUUUGGGUUUCCUGGACUCAUUCUUGGACUUGUUUUGUUUGUGGUAAGCAGAUGGAGCACACACGGAGCACCAGAAAUUGUGUCACGCUUCUUUGGAGGGGGUCAGAGGGGCGGUAAUGGUAGACCAGAUAACCGACACCAAGGAAGAGCUGGGGGCGGCUACAGGUUAGGCAGGUAG